AUGGCUCGUGUGCUGCUGCUUUUGUGUUUGCUAUCGGGAGUUUUGGGCGGUCGCUAUUUUAACGCCAAGGAACCCUGCUACAGACCCAUGCAGCAAGGCAAGAGAGCACUGGGGAUGCACCCCCGUCCCCAUGCAAUUCUGAUGGUGGAUGAGGAGCUCCCCAAGGCCUGGGAUUGGAGGAAUGUCAACGGCACCAACUAUGUCAGCGCGACCCGAAACCAGCACAUCCCCCAGUACUGUGGCUCAUGCUGGGCUUUUGGCAGCACCAGCGCUAUGGCAGAUCGCAUCAACAUCCUGCGUGGAGGGGCGUGGCCAUCAGCUUACCUGUCCGUCCAAAACGUGAUGGACUGCGGGAAAGCGGGAUCUUGUCACGGAGGUGACCACGUAGGAGUCUGGAAGUAUGCACACACCAAUGGGAUCCCGGAUGAGACCUGCAACAACUACCAAGCCAAGGACCAAGGCUGUAUACCCUUCAAUCAGUGUGGAACGUGUGAGGACUUUCGCAAGUGUGAUGCGCUGACGGGCUACACCGUCUGGAAGGUUGGACACUACGGCAACUUUAGCGGCAUCCAAGAAAUGAAAGAGGAGAUCUAUGCACACGGGCCUAUCAGCUGUGGCAUCAUGGCGACUGCUAACCUGGACGCCUAUAAGGGUGGUGUGUAUUCGGAGUUUGUAGAGAAGACCAAGAUCAACCACAUCGUUUCGGUGGCUGGAUGGGGCGUCGACGAGAAUGAUGUCGAGUUUUGGAUCGUGCGCAACUCCUGGGGGGAGCCCUGGGGAGAGAAGGGUUGGCUGCGCAUCGUGACCAGUAACUAUGAGGGUGGGAGCGGCAGUCAGUAUAAUCUGGCCCUGGAGGAGGACUGCAUGUACGGAGACCCCAUCCUGCCCAACGGCUACCAGUGAUUGAUUAAUCUACACGUCAAUCACUCCAUCCUACCCAACGGCUACCUGCCAUUGGCUACUUAACAUGCCAAUCACCACAUCCUGCCCAAAGGCUACCUUUGAUUGGCUAAUAUGUUCUAUCGUGCCCCCCCUCUGAGCU